AUGAGGAAGGGGAAACUGAGGCUCAGAGCUCCCCAGGCGGCUGAUUGCACCAGCCAGCCCUCUCCGGGCGCCUGCUGUGUGCGGUGGGCAGCCGGCCGGGCCGGGUCAGGCUGUUCUCACCCCUCGUCCCCUCCUCCCCCUCCCCCGUCCCCCGCCGGACCUCUCCCACGACCGGGGAGGAAGUGGGAGAAAUGGACAGGGAAAAAAAGUUGGGCUGAGCCAACGCCUCCCCACUCCCCACCUCCGGCCCUCCCGAGCCACGCAGACCCUUGCGGGAGCGGACCGCAGAACCCAGGCGUCCGGGGCCGGGACCCCGUCCCGCCCAGUGGCCCGCAGAUGGGUGGGGGAACUUGGAAAGCCGGGAAAACAACAGCCCAGCCCGCCCCUCGCCAACCCCUUCCCCCGCUACGCCCCUGGCGCAGCGGGCGGAGGCGACUCCUUUAUAUAAUCUCGGGCGGGCAGGUUGGCUGUUUCAUUGAGGGACCCGGGAGCCCAGCGGACCCAAGCAGUCAGCUGAAAGCCUGCCCCCGGGUCCCUUCCGCGGCUGGGCAAACUGAGGCCCGGGGAGGGCCGGCGCCAGGCCCGCGGUCCCCACCCCCUCGCGCCCCCCCCACCCCCAGCAGCCCGGGCAGCCGCGACCCACGCCCGCGUCUCUCCUCGCAGUGCGCACAGCCCUCCCCGCCCCCGCUGCCAUCCUGCCACGCCCCAGGCGUCGGGGGCAAAGCCCGCGCCCCCCCGCACCCGCCUCUGCGCAGAGGCUGGGGGCCUGUUUAUCUGGAGGCCCCCACCCCCUCCACCCCGGGGGGCCCGCUCCCCCCGCGCCCCGGGGAGCUCUGGGGCCAGAUAAGCUGGCAGGCUGGCACGGCGCCGCACAGCGGGGCGGAGAGUUACUGUAGGGGCAGUGACGCCGCCGCCGGAGCGAGGGAGCGACGAGGGGAGAGCCAGCGAGGGGAGAGCGAGACGCGGACCCCAGAGGCGAGCGGCCGAGGAGCCCAGUCCCAACUCCGGGCCCCGGCCCCGCGCGCCCCGGCCCGGCCCGGCCCCGGCCCGGCCCCGCGAGGGGCGAUCCCGGGAUCCGGGGACGUUCCGCAAGUUUCAGAGGAGGGGGUGGUUGGCAGCUGCCCGGAGGCGGGAGGCGCCCUGGAUCCCGAGGGCGGGGAGGGGGCGCCGCCCGGGAGUGGCAGACGGCUAGGACUACAAGUCCCAGGGUGCCCUGCGCCGGCGGCCCGCCGCGGCCCGCGGGUAGGGGCGGUGCGGAGGAGGGGCGGUGAGCGGCGGGCUGGCGAGCCAAUGGGCGCGGGCCGAUCGCGCGGCGCGGCUCGGGGGCGGGCCCUGCCGGCCAGGGGGCGGGGCCUGGAGCCGGGCUCCCCUUGCCGGGGGCCGGUGGCGGUCCCCGGCUUCCGGCUGCGCGGCCCGCGGGCCGGCCCCCUCCCCGCCCCGGGGCCCCUCCCCGCCUGGUUGUGUAACCGUCCCCAGCCCCCCUCCCCUCAGCCCCCCGCCCCGGGGGGGGGGGUCACCCACCCGGCGCUCCCCGGGGAGGGCGGCGGCCCGGGCGGCCGCACAGCGCAGCCCGGGUGGGGAUUGGCCGCCGGCGGCGGGGGGUGGCGCGGGGCCAGGCUCACUGCCGCCUCCCGGCCCCUCGGAGGGAGCCAGCCCAGCCGCAGCCGCCGCCACCGCCGCCGCCGGGGCCGGGCCCCCUCGCCGCUGCCCCGGGAAGGAGGUAGGAGCCCCCCACGCGGGCGGCGCUGUGGGGGCCCGCGGGCCGGGGCGGGGGCCGCGCGCUGCGGCCGGGGCGGGGGAGGGGGCCGCUUCCUGCCCCCGCCCGGGCCUGACUCAGCCCUGGGCGGGGGGACCGGCCAGGCCCCUCGCCCUGCCCGCGCGGCCGUCCGGCCCCGGCCCCGGGGGAGGGAGCAGAGAGCACCCCUCUCCCCCGCCCGCGCCCCCAAAGCGCGAACCGGCCCCCUCCCCCAGCCCCGGGCCUGGGAACCAGGCAGGGGCCUGAGCUGGGGCCGGUGCACCCCCCGGGGCCCAGGCCUUUGCGGGUCCUGGGAGGCACUGUCCGCGCUGGCUGGCCGGCGGCGAGGGAGUCCGGUGGACCGCGGCAAGAGACUGCUGUCCAACCAGGCCCGGGCACCCUGGCUGGAGCAGGCCCGGCCGGAGAGGGCGUCCAGGAUUCCAUGUCAGCCCCCCACCCCCACCCCAACAGGGCCAGGGCGUAACCCUGAGUGUGCCGCUCCCACACUGGGGGGCCCUCCCCAGGACCAGCCGAUCACUUCCUACUGGCAGAGCUGGUCUUGGGAGAGGGCUUCCUCUUGGAAGCUGGUCUUGGUGUCGGGGCUGUACUUCCUGGCCCACGACAGCACUCAGAGCGUGGGAACAGGGGGAGGCCUGGGCCGGGGGCGGGGGGUGGAGGGUGGCCUGGGAGCAGCCCAGAGGGAGGAGGGCGCCCCACCUCCAGCCCAGGAAGAGCCUGCCGAGGCCUGCCCCUCGGCUGGCCGCCGAGUCAGCAUCGAACGGCCCCGGAAAUCCCAUGGGGGCGAGUGUCGGGGUGGAGCUGUGAUGAAACACGGGGCCCCGGAGGAGGGGCGAGGAGGGGCCGAGGCCGGUCUGAUCCGGAGUCCCAUCUGCCCGCUUGCUCCCUGGGGCCCGGGGCCAGACGGCAGAUGGUGGCAGGGGGUGGAAGCCGCCACAGGGGGCUCUGCCGAGGCUUCCCGUGGCCGAGCCUCGGGGGGGGGGGUCGUCGCGCCCCCAUCCCCAUCCUCCUGCUCCCAGCAGCCACAUCUGAGCGUGCCCCGCCACCCACCGCGGGCUGGCGGAACAGAGGCGGGAGCUAAGCAGCUGGUGCGGUCGGCGGGAAAGAGGGCGGGCGGCGGAGAGAGGCGUCCCGGGAAGUGUACUGGCCGCCUGCACGCCACACAAAGGCCUCUGUGUCGGCCCCAAGGCCUGGACCCCAUUCGCAGGGCGGCCCUGGGUCGGGACAGGCCUAACCUGGCCUUAGGGCUGACCAGACCAAGCCCAGCUCCCUUGCCAGGCCAGCCGCCUGUAUCCCACUAG